AUGAAAAUAUCUAUACAGAAAAACACUCUGUUUUGCCCUAACGAGAGCGAUAUUCUCUCGUCUAUUACAGAGUCUAAUUUUCAGCAUGACGAAUGCUUAGUAAAUCCACUGGGUCCUAAUUUUAUGAGUAUUGAAGAAGCGCCUGUUCAAUGUGAAGCUUCAGAGCCUCAGAUUGUUCUUCCUUGUCAUAUUGGAGACGAAGCGGAGAAGACGAGAAUUAUAGUGCAGAAUUUGCUGAAAGCAUGGGCCGAAGCACUGGAGAGAGAAGCUUGGGAUUUAGCAAAAGUUCUUGAGAAUCGGCUGCGACGGAGGAUGUCUCUGACAGGAAGCCAUGAGGAAAGAAUGGCGUACUAUUGUCUUGACAAUUUCAGAGACCCCGAUGCAUCUGAAAGUGCAAGCACUAGAUCAUUGAAGGAGCUUUGUACACAGACCAGUAUGACUGCCUUUCAGGCACUCUGUCAGCUCUACCCUUACGCAAGAUUUGCUCAUUUCACUGCAAACCAGGGCAUUCUAGAGCGUUUCGCCUCAAAUAAUGCAAAGCGAAUGCACAUAAUUGACUUUGAUGUAGCAGAGGGCCUGCAAUGGCCGCCAUUAAUGGAAGCCCUGGCGGCGGAAAGCCCUAAAACUCUGGAGCUGCUUCGCAUCACUGCUGUUCUCUGGGACGAUGACGUGGCUUCCGGCUCGAAGACGGGUUCGAAACUCGCCGGCUACGCAGCUUCUGUGGGAAUUCCCUUGUAUUAUGAAGAAAUCAAAUUGGAAAACCUCAGAAACCACAUGUUAUCCGCCGCAGAACAUGAGGAACAGAGUAAUAUUUCCAUGGUUUUCAACCUGAUGCUGAACUUGCCACAUAUGCGGUGCCAGCGAAGCAAAGCGCAGAUUGUAAAGUUCCUGUCGGUUGCACGUGGCAUGCCAGAGGCCUUCGUGACGUGGGCUUGUGCUGGCGUGGCAAGCGAAUGGAGGGGACUACAGCGGCCACUUCAGUGA